AUGAAGCAGUACAUCUCAGCCAAAUAUAAUCAGCAUCCAGAUAUGUUCCAGAUAGACUUCAAAACAAUUGAUGCGCUGCGUAGGGCUGCUGUACAGGUGACGGAACCACACGUAGCUGGUGUAAAAAAAAUUAUGGCCUAUGCUGCACAGCUAGCUUGGAUUGAAAGAAAGUUCCCAAUAGAUCUGGGUGUAGAUUUUGUCUGGUAUCCAGCUAUAGGGUAUAAUACUCAAACACCUCUUAUUCUUAACAACCUCAAAUUUGAAAUUGCCAAUAUUCUAUAUAAUCUUGCUGCACUUUAUUCACAACUGGCAAUUUCUUCUAAUCGCAAUACCACCGAAGGUCUCCGAACUGCUUGCAACUACUUUUGUCUUGCUGCAGGAAUCCUUAAACAUAUUAAAGAAUGCAUUCUUCCAAAGAUGCAAUCGACGCCACCUGAAGAUAUGGAUGAUGCCACUCUAGAAUACCUGGAACAACUUUUUCUUGCACAGGCCCAGGAAUGUUUCUGGCAAAAAGCUGUGAUCGAUAGGUACAAAGACGCGUCAAUUGCUAAGCUGGCUGCCAAAAUUUCCGAUCUUUACGGUAGUGCAGGUGACUGGGGUCUGAUGAGUAGAGCAGUCACCUCGCAGUGGGUACAUCAUGCAAUCGCCAAGCAUUACCAUUUUUCAGCAGCUUCCCAAUAUAGGCAGGCCUGUGAGUGUUUAGAAAAGCGUAAUUAUGGUGAGGAAGUGGCCAGGUUACGAUAUAGUCUCUCGCAGGUGCAAGAUGGUUUGAAAGAAGCUAGGUAUGCUGGUAAGGUAGUGAUGAAAGAUUUGAAUGAUUUGCAAACCAAAGUUUCCGAAGAUUUAAAAAGGGCAGAAAGAGAUAAUGAUAUUAUCUAUCUUUCUCCCGUACCGCCGAGAACAGAACUCAGGAAUCUAGAACGAGUCGAAAUGGCAACCUCAAAGAUCCCCCCUGAGGUAUCAGCACCUUGUUCUUUUCUUGGUGAACAAGAAGAGUUUGGACCACCACUUUUUGCCAAACUUGUACCCUUCGCAGUCCAUAUUGCCUCGAGUAUUUUUCAAGAGCGCCAAGAUCGACUGAUCAAUAACACAAUAAUUGUGCCUCUCAAGGAUCUCAAUACUAAGCUACAUACUACACUCUCUUCCUUAUCUCUUCCCGGCUCCCUCCAGGCACUUGAAAAGCCUCUUGGUCUACCACCUACACUAGUGUCUCAUGCGGAAGAGAUUCGGCAAUCUAAUGCUGUCGCUCGACUUAAGAAAUCUUUAUGCGACAGCUCUAAACUAGCAGAGUCUACGGCAUCUAGCUACCUCGAAGCAAAGACAUAUAUGUCCAUUGAAAAUUCCGAAAAUGAAAAAUUAAAAACUAAAUACGGGACUAUUCGCUGGACUCGACCAGACUCCAAUCACGCCGCAGCGAAGCUUUAUGCAAAAAUGGACGAAAUAGAUGGGUAUCUUAAGAGCGCAUCACGUAGCGACCAGUUGGUUCAUGAAAAAUUUCAGGGAUGCGAAGAUUUGCUACAUGUGCUAGCUAGUAAUGAUCAUGAACUUGGUAAAUUUAUCCCCAACUCGCGUCGUAUAAGUAUGCCUCCAGACCUUGAAGAAGCAGUGUCGAAACUACGGAAUUUUCUCAAUGAAUUGAGUCGAAUUGAGAUAAGACGCUGUCGGAAAAUUGAGUUGCUUAGAGAAAAAGCAAAAAAAGAUGACACCAACACAGCCAUAAUAUCUGAGGCCACGCGACUUGAAAAAUUAAAUGAGCUUCAGCCUUUGAUGCCAGCUCAUUUUGAGGAAUUUUUGGAAAAUAGGCUCUCAGAAUACGAUUCUGAUGUUCUUGCUGUGAAGGAUGAAGAAGAGGAGCAAGAAAGUUUAAUUAAGAAAUUGAAGAUUUUUAACGAUGAAUUCAUACGGGCCAAGAAUGGAAAUGAUGAUAUUAGCAGGGAGCGAGAAAAAGUUUUGCAGAGACUUGAAAAUGCUUACAAUCAACAUAAAGAGAUAUUUAUAAAUCUAGAGGCAGCAAGAAAAUUUUACAACGAUCUUGGUCAGAUUCUAAGUAGGUUCAGGGAGGAAGUAAAUGUAUGGGUAGCACAAAGGAGAGAAGAAGCAACACGAUUAGAGAGCGACAUAAACUUGCCGUCGGUCUCUUCUCUCUCAAUAAAUGCACCAGAAUUAAAAUCCCAGCUUCAAACACAGGAUACACGUGACUACUCAGUAUAUAAUGCUUCACAUAAUUCUCAUGUCCUGGAAAAACAGACUUCUCAAGAUAAACACUUUUCAUCUUCGGAUAUCGCGGCAACAAGUUUAAAGGCACAGAUUCCUGUAGGAGACAAACCAUGUGGAAAGUCUAUCAUCUCCAUCUGGAACCCCGAGAUGGGAAUCAAAUUCACUGAUGCAAAUUCUUACGCUGCUCCAGAAGGAUCAGGCUCAGAUAAAUCCUUAGGAAAAUAUAAUAAAAAAGAACCUAUGGCAAUUGUCAAACAGGACGGAAAGGAUGACGCCUUUAAUAAUUUAGCUGUAAUUAGUAAUAAGGCGUCGAAAGCACCUCAAACCUGGGAUCCCAAAAAAGGGCUGCGAUUUGGAUAG